ACAUGAGGGGGAUUCAGGAGGUGAUCGUUUCCUCAUCCAGCCUCAGAGCGCAUUGGACCAAUUAACCCGCCGCUCAGCGGUGCAGCCAUGAGGUGAGCAGCGUUCUAACGACAAACCAUGGAGCUGUGCAGCGUGACGGAGGAGACUGCACCUGAACGUCACAAAUCCGAAUGAACGCCUCGGCGCUUGUUCCAGCCGCGCUCCGGACAUGGAUACGCGCCGCGUCCUGCUGGGGCUCUGCUUUUUCCUGCUGCUUCCGCCGUCUGUCUCGCCGGUGACAGACUUCUGCCCCGAACGCUGCGACUGUGCGCACCCGCAGCAACUCCUGUGCGCCAACCGCGGGCUGCGCGCCGUGUCCAAACCAGCUCCCAGCUCCGAUGACGCGCUGAUCUUCAACCUCGCGGGGAACUUCAUCGCCAACAUCUCUGCCUCCGAUUUCUCACGGUAUGGUCGCCUCAUCAGGCUGAACUUGCAGUUCAAUCAAAUAUCAGAUAUUCACCCAAAGGCGUUUGAGAAACUGUCCCAGCUGGAGGAGCUGUUUCUGGGUCAUAAUCUGUUAACAGAUGUAGCUGCUGGGACCUUACAGCCCCUGAGGAAACUAGCUGUUCUCUAUGGGAACAACAAUGCCCUGAAGAAAAUCACACCAGAGAUCUUCUGCAACUUGGAGAAUCUGGUAAAACUGCGCCUGGAUGGCAACUCCAUAGAUGUUCUGCAAGAUUCUGUUUUUAGAAGUUUAACCAGUCUGCAUUAUCUCCACCUGGAACACAACAAAGUGCAACAUGUCCACAGAGAUGCUUUUUCCAAACUGUCCCAGCUGCGCUUCCUGAACCUGGCCCACAACAAGCAGUCCGCCGUCACCAAUGUUCUCACGUUCUCUCAGCUCAGAGCUCUUACAACGUUGCUGCUGUCCGAGAAUGAGAUACAACACGUCGGAAACCACGUCUUCCAGAAUCUCAAAAGGCUGACCAAGCUUUCCCUCAGCAACAACAGGAUCUCUCGUUUGGACAGCGAGGCCCUGAAGGGACUGUCGAGCCUCAGGGAGCUUCUGAUUGAUGGCAACAAGUUGGAGGAAGUCCCCACCGGUCUCCUGGACCCUCUGGUGCGCAUCGAGCGACUGGACUUCAGUCGCAAUCGAAUCGCCAACGUGAACUCUUCGGCCUUUUCCAAACUGAAGUAUCUGAAGGUGCUGAAGCUGAGCAACAACGUCCUCACCAGUCUGUCAGGGGGUAUUUUUGCCCUGAACAAUGUGCUUUAUGACUUGGAUCUCCGGGGCAACAACUGGACCUGCGACUGUCGCCUGGAGGAGCUGAAGAGAUGGAUGAUUACAGCUCAUUCUCGGGGCAAACUGUUGGCUGCGUCGGUGCAAUGCCACCACCCUGUAACUCUGAGGGGGAAGUAUCUGGACUAUGUGAACAGCUCCCAGCUGCAGCCCCGAGGGAACUGGAGCCAUUCCUGCACGAGUGGAGCCGGCCCCGAGGAGAGCCGGGGAGGGGGCGUGCUGGUGAAGGUGGAGGCAGAGAAAAGAGGAGCGCUGUACCCACUGGAUGACGAAGAGAAAACUGGUGAGAGAAAUCGAACAGAAGGUUUGGGACAAGGGAGCAGGGGUGGAACAAUGAGAAGAGAAGGAGAGAAAAGGAAAAGAGCGGGACAAGAUAUCCAGGAAGACCAAGAGGGUGCAAAACCUUUGUCUUUUCUAAAAGAAGCAAAAACAGAGCAUCGUUCUGCAGAGUCUGCUGCUAAACGUCCCAAAGGAAGACGCAGGUCCAAGAUUCCUGCAAAGACGAAUCCAUCAACAACUUCCAAUCCAAGUCAUGAAACAAGCAUGUGGUCCAGUACCAGUUCUCCGGUCCAGUCCAAGGAAAAGUUUGAUCUUUUGAGGUCAGCCCAGGAGGAGGCUCUACCUGUGAUCACAGAUCCUUGUGUGUUCAAUCGCCAUUUCAUCACUAACGUGUCCGUGGAUGAAGUGACGUCUACCACCGUCACUGUCUACUGGACCACCAGGGCUCACCACCGCUACACGUCGGGACCCAGGAUGGCCCUUCACGAAGUCCACUUUCGAAUUCUGUUUGACCGAUUUGGCAACCCGGAUCGUUUCCCGCGCUACGUCUACGCCCCCGGUUCGUCCCGCGCCGUAACCCUUCGAGAGCUCACCCCAGGGGUGACCUACAUGGUCUGCGUAGAAGGAGUGGUGGGAGGAUCCGUGUGCCAAGUGGCGCCUCGGGACCACUGCGGGGGGCUAGUCACCCUCCCCGAGGAGGAGGGCCGCAGCAAUGCCACCCUGACCUCCGACCUCCAGCUGGUGACGGUGGCGACGCUGGUGGGGAACGGCGUGCUGCUGCUGGUCAUCACUGGGGUCUGGGUGGGGCGGAGCCUCAGGCGGAGGCUGCAGAAGAGGAAGUCAGCCGUACAUGUGCGUCACAUGUACUCCACGAGGAGGCCAUUCCGCCCCGGCAUGGCCUCGACCUCCAUGUCCACAGACUUCACCAGCUACCAGAGCAGUCGGCCGUCGCGACUCGCGCCGCUGGAGGAAGGAGAUCUCAUCGAGUUUCCCUGCGAUCGCUUUCUGGACAGCUGUGGCGCUCGCAGGGACGGCAGCAUGCAGAGAUUCUCCGACUAAAACCCAGAGAAACUCACUCAAACCUGAACAUGUUACCACUGUGCUGCCUUGAAACUAAUAUAUGUAAAUUAGAGUCAGUUUCCAUCUUUGCUUCAGCUUUUAGAAUAUCUAGUUCUCUUAACUGAAACGCUCAAGAAACACAUCCUGAACUUGGCUUURUUACAGGAAACAAAAUCUGAAGCCUUUUUUUUCAAAGUAGCUGAACUCACUAUCAUUUCAGACUCCAGAGGAAGUCCAGUUCCUUUGACCUCGCCUUCCUCAUUGGAGCCUUUCCUCUUUCAUUUCCUCACACCUGCAAAUGCC